AUGGCACGAGCUGCAGGCAACCGCGAACUAACGUCUGAACUUGCAAAACAAUGCAGACAGGCGAUAAAAGAUCUUAAAGAGAGAAGAGGAGCAGUAAUCGUCGAAGCUGCAAAGGCUGGGAAAAGUAUUCGUAAAGCCCACCGAAGCUUCGCCAAUUACAAGAUCAAGAGGAUUGCAGUCCGACGCCCAGACGGAACAGCUACAGGGUCCAAAAAGGCAGCGGAGAAAAUCAGCCACAAGUACUAUUCAGAUGCCUUCGAUAGCCACGCCCACCCAAAGUCGUAUGAAAUAAAGGAGGAGGAUAUAUUGUAG